GAGAAUGGCAGCGCGCUGGAAAAAUGUUUCUCUCGAUAAUAUCACAUUGGUUGUUACAGUGUUAUUUAAAUUUUCCUUUGCUUUUGAGAGGGAAAAUUUCGUUUUCUGGCCAAACGGCACCGUACCGUUUUAUGUGAAUCCCACACAUUUUGACAAGGAGCAGUCACUGGCGAUAUUGUCCUCUCUGUCACUCUUCACUCAUAAGACUUGCCUCGAGUUCCGGCCAGUGAUGGACCAGCCAUCUUCCACGCAGCAUGUGAUGCUUUUCGAGAACCCCCGCGGCGUCAGGAAGUGUGUUAUCGACAUGGAAGGUCAUGCUAAAGAGGAACCACAUAGGAUAACCCUCGGCUACGAGUGCCUACGUAGUCCGGACAUCGAGCUGGUCAUCAUGAAGGCAUUGGGGUUUCCCUUCGAGCAUAACCGAGCGAUACGCGAUCUAUACAUCGAUGUGCAGUUCGAGAAUAUUGAACCGGGUUACAUACCAUUUUUCACCAAAGAAAAGAUCCUACCCCCGGAGCUGAGGGUUCUACCGUACGACGUGAACAGUGUGAUGCACUUCGGUGAAAGGGAAUACAGCAAAAACGGUCACCGCAGCUUCAUUCUCAAGAAUCCGAAAACCAAACAGGCCAGAGUAGGAUUAUCGAAAACAGACUAUAGGAAAAUAGAAAUAAUUUAUGGACCCGAAUGUCAAAUGAGAGAUCGCCAAGCCAAAAUCGACGUUUGCAAAAAAUAUCCAAGCGUAAGAAGAAAAAGAGAUAUUGCACCAGAUUUGGAGAUAGUCCAAAAUUUGAGAAUUAAUAGAGACAUAACUCCACCGCCUGUUAAAUACCCUACAGACGAAAUAACAAGUGACAUAAAACUACUUAAUAUAAAUAGAGAAAUACAAGAUUUAGUUGAACUAGUUCACAAAAUAUCUGCAGCAGCUUUAGAAAAUGAUAGAGUUAAAAUUUGCAAUACCACAAAUACUAAUACAAGAACAUCUGACAGUAAUCUGACACUAGCUCAAAAUGUAUCGACUGGUAAAAAACUAAGAUCUAAUUUUAUAAGAAAGAUUAUAGAAGAGGUUAUUAAUCAUGUUAAAUACGUUAUCGUUAGCGCGAAAACAAACUUGACUAUAUAUUGUGACGCUACGAAUUCUAUAGAGCUAUUUCAAAGGGCAAACUGUGGAUGGGGAACCGAAAAUAGAUGCACCCAAAGGUACAAGUCAACUAUAUCAGGCCCCAUCAGGUAUUCUACCAAACAUAGACGCAUUCUAAAAUCGUUUACCACACAUAAUGGAAGAGUUGAAAAAAAUCAGUAUGCCAGAUUUAUAUCUGGUAAUGAUACACAAGAGGCUAUAAAUACUUCUAAAAAGGAAGAAGAUACUGAAGCGAUGCAUAUCACAGAUUUAAAUAAUUUUAAUAAUAAAACAAAGAGUACUUUUAUAACAGCUGCUAAUGAUAGCAAAGAAUCUAUAAGUAGAAAGAAAGAUACUGAAAUAUUCAAUCAAUCUGAAGUAAUGACUGAUGAUACUGAAUUAUCUAUAAAAACUACAUAUAGAAGAAAAAGAGACAUAGAAAGACCAAACAUUACUAUAAGUUAUAUUAAGAUGGACACAAAUGGUACUUUUAUAGCCACCAGCACUAAAAAAGAAAAUACUAAUCAUAAAACAGCUACUGAAAGAGAUGUUCUUGGGAAAAUUACGAAAAAAUCUAAUGAAAGUCUUUUAAAGAAGCCAGGUUAUAUUGAUAAAGAAAAUAUUGGGAUAAUAGGUAAAGGGAUCGAAAAUACUUCUGUAAAUGUCAGUAGGGAUAUGCUGCGUUUGGCUACUAAAGAUAACAGUGAUAAAAAAGUGGCUAUUGCUUCAGUAAACCGAAGACAUCGCGAGUUAUUUGGGCACUCCGACAGUUUUGAAUUGAAUAAAGAAGAAAACGGAGAUGACUCUUCAUCAUCAGAAAGCGACAUAAGAAAAACAAGAACAACUAAACGAGCAGUGGACAUUCGUCACAAAUUAGAGAGAGACAGGGACAGAGAUGAAGGAAGAGAGAGGAAAAACAGAGACAGAGAAGUAAACAGACCACAAAACAAAAGGCCCAAAGAAAAGAAAAGAUUGGUUCAUAGAAAGAAAGAGAAGCAUAUAUCCCGUUUACCAGAAACAGUACCACUAACGAAGGCAAAUAAGGAAUUCUAUGCUGACAGGAUAUGGCCGGAUGGUGUGGUCAGAUAUGUCAUUGCACAGGAUUCUACAUAUAACUUGCAAUCGAUGCGUGCUCGCCUGGAGGAGGUCAAUGAGAUACUGAAGAGAAAGACGUGCGUCCGCAUAGAGGAAAUCUCGGAGAGAGAGGGACAGAGAUAUAAGGACUAUCUCGUUAUUGAUACCAGUGCUGAUUACGUCACGGGUCGAGUGGGAGGGAGACAGGUGUUUGGAGCCAUAGAGCUGUUCGAAGGUGGACAGCAUCAGCAGCACGCCGCCCUGAUGGUGAUGGCGAUGUUGGGCUUCUACUUCGAGCUGUCCCGCCAUGAUAGGGACCGAUACGUGAGGGUUCACAACCGGCAUAUACGACCAGACAAACUCCAUCACUUCGAGAAGAUUCGAUCGGAUGCCACCCUCAACCUCCCCUAUGAUUACACGAGCGCAACUCACCCCGCGUGGCAGUUCUGGAGGAGGGUGGGGCGAAUUGGGAUAUCCACCGUCGCCACUUACAAGGAUCAGGACCCAGACGGCUCGAUAAUGAGAUCGCUUGGCCAAAACGAACAGCUUCUGUCGAAUGUUGACAUCGUAAAGAUAAACAGCAUCUACGGAGUGCAGUGCUUCCGGAAACAGCGGAGUUUCAUACAGACGCGUUGACGAAGUUUACUCGCUUAGAAGUUUAUAGAUUAUCUACAUUU